AUGAACUAUCAGCCAGCUAUUCUGAGCCUGUCGCUGGGCCGCCCGGGUAUACAUGACUUUGAAUACAAGAUGGAGAAAGCUGCCCAAGCCGGGUUUAAGGGUGUCGAACUAUUCUUUGAUGACCUCCAGGCCGUGAGCCGAAAGAUUGCAGGUCUCAUCGACGACUCCAAGCCGACUCUCGAUCAGCUUCUUGCAGGCGCAGACCGAUGCCGCGACAAGUGCGCGAAUCUCGGUAUUACUAUCCUCACCCUGCAGCCCUACCUCUUCUACGACGGGCUGCUAGAUCGCACCGAGCAGCAACGGCCCCAGGUCUCCGCCAACUUCCUGCCCGCGAGCUCGCUCAUCGAGGACACGGAAGCUCAUCGCAACGCCCUUGUCGCGGAUCUUGGGGCCCUGGCUGACCUCGGCGCUGCACAGGCCCCCCCUGUGCGGUUCGCAUACGAGGCGCUGUGCUUCAGCCCCAAGAUCAACACAUGGCAGGCGGCCUGGGAUGUGGUUAAGCGUGCAAAGCGUCCUAAUUUGGGCCUCGCCAUCGACACCUUUAAUCUUGUGGGCCGCAUUUGGGGUGACCCGGCAUCCGCGGAUGAUGGCCGGCAAGUCCCCAAUGCGGACGCCGAGCUCGCCCGGUCCCUGAGGGAGCUUGUCGCUAAGGUUGACCUUGCGAAGGUUUAUUACCUGCAGAUCGCCGACGGUCAACGGAUGGAAACUCCACUGGUUAAGGGCCAUGAGUUCCAUGUUGAUGAGGCACGAGGCGGUUAUCUGUCUGUUGAGGACGUAGUUCGGGCUGUCGUUGAGGAGUUAGGGUAUAAGGGAUCGAUGUCGCUGGAGCUCUUCUCGCGGACUGUCGCCGAGCCUGGAGAUUAA